ACAGCUGAGCCGCAACCUUCCACUGGGCUUGUCAGAACGUGGACACCAGUUCAACCAGACAACCGAUACCGGAAGCUACCGUGGGGCUGGAAUUUACUGCUCUGCUGGUGCCUAAUGCCAAUGUUUACCAGGGUUUAACCAGGGCAGGCUGAGGACGCAUAGAUGGUCUGCUGUGAAAUGCCACGCAGGCAGAGACUGACAAGCAGCAGCAGGAGCUGAGCUUUCCCCCAGCCCCCACCACCACCCGGACUGCUGUUCCUGCUGAGUUUUCAGGGAGAGGGGGUGGGGUGGGGGGGAGCUGAGGUUUUUUUUUUCUUUUUCUUUUUUCCUGCUGCUGUUGCUACUGUUGCUGCCGCCGCCGCCACUGCUACUCAGCUCCAGGUAAGCAGCCCAGGCAGCGAGCAAAAGCCUCAGGGCAAACCCUGAGAUGAUGAACAAGAUCUGGAAGUUUUUCCGAGGAAGCAGGAGAGCUCUGGUCUUUAUAUUCGUCGCUUCUGUCAUUUGGCUGCUGUUUGACAUGGCAGCUCUCCGCCUCUCAUUCAGUGACAUUAACACGAGGGUCCUCAAGGAAGACCUCAUCCGGAGGGGACGAGAAGAAUUCAAAGUUUUGCGAGAUCCAGAGAAGAUGCCCCCCAGCAGCAGAAGGGAAACCAAGCGUCCCAUGAAAGGAUCCGAAAGAGGGAAAUGGGGCAGAGAAAACUUUAGAAAGACAGAGAACACGUUGUUGAAGGCUGAGGACCAUGCAGAAAAACUGCAGCAGGAAUGGACCGCGCAGCAAAUUCCUGGAAAGGGAAACCCAGUCCCUGUUUGGGGACCAGUAGACUUGAAGAGCUUCCCACCACCUUCCCUUCCCCCGCUGAAGAGAGGCAGGGAGAAUACUUCCAACGUUAGUAACUCAUCGGUCCUGAUGGGAAGAAAACAAAAGGCUUCCAGCAGAUCCCGGCAAACUCCACUCCUAGGAACAAAAGAAAUUUCCCGGGUGAAAUUAGCAUAUGAAGUACCUUCUCAAGCCAAUCUGGGGGUGCCAUGGAAGAAGAAUACAGUUAUGUCAGCAGCAUCUGAAGGGGCAAAAAAAUUGGGUUCCAAAAGGACUACUGACCCUAAAACAGAUGACUCCAAACCAGAGGCACCUGGAGGGCAAACAGGUAGGAAAUUCCACACUGACCCAACAGUGUCAAAAUCUGGGGAAACCAUAGCAUUAAACAAAAAUGAGACUGGUGCCAAAGAAAUAAAUGGGAAUGAGGUUCAAUUAGACAGGAAUCCUUCCCUGCCCAAAUUUGCUGCCAACAGAGAUCACUUAAAGACCCAAUCUGUAAAUGAAACAAGAGUAGAAGGCCUGCCAAAGAGUGAUAAGGCUAAAGUGGAUCUUGGGAAGAAAUUCAAUUUCUCUGAAAGCCACAUUGUGAUUAUAACCAAAGAGGAGGAAAUGAAAAUGCAGCCUAAAGAGGUGCCCAAUUCCAAAGACGAUCUAAUAGUUUUUUCUAAGACACUGGAUGAAAGUGAAGGAAGGCACAUUCCAAAGAACAGAAGUGAGACAGCUUUCCUUUUAGGCCCUUCACAGAAAGUAGGGGUAUCUCCAACCAACCAAACCAACAAAACCCUGACCGGAGGUUCAGAGUUCACAAAAGUCAGCACAGCUAUUAAGAACCAGUCCAUGAUACAGAAUCAAAUUGCGAGCGAAAUGCAUUUAUCUGAAGACCUUGGAAUGCAUCCAGUAUUGAACAUUGAUGUGACACUUUCUCCAAGGAAUCCCAAAGCACCAGGCCAGUUUGGAAACCCUGUAGUAGUUCCCCCUGGAAAGGAGAAAGAAGUACAAAGAAGAUGGAAAGAAGGAAACUUCAAUGUCUACCUUAGUGAUUUGAUCCCAUUAGACAGAGCCAUUGAUGAUUCAAGGCCUACUGGGUGUGCAAAUCAGCUGGUUCACAACAAUCUCCCCACCACUUCUGUCAUCAUGUGCUUUGUGGAUGAGGUGUGGUCUACUCUUCUUCGCUCUGUCCACAGUGUCCUCAAUCGCUCACCUCCACACCUCAUUAAAGAGAUUCUGCUAGUGGAUGACUUCAGUACCAAAGAAUACCUGAAAGACCAAUUGGAUAAAUACAUGUCACAGUUUCCCAAAGUCCGGGUACUUCAUCUCAAAGAGAGGCAUGGCUUAAUACGAGCCAGACUGGCAGGGGCACAGAUCGCAACAGGUGAUGUGUUGACAUUCCUAGAUUCUCAUGUGGAAUGUAAUGUUGGGUGGUUGGAACCUCUCCUAGAAAGAAUUUAUUUGAACAGAAAAAAAGUGGCCUGUCCAGUUAUUGAAAUAAUCAAUGACAAGGAUUUAAGCUACAUGACAGUGGACAACUUUCAAAGAGGCAUCUUUGUGUGGCCCAUGAAUUUUAGUUGGAAAAAGAUUCCUCCGGAGGUCAUUAAGCAAAAUAAGAUAAAGGAAACAGAUGUAAUAAGGUGUCCAGUCAUGGCUGGUGGAUUAUUUUCUAUUGAUAAAAAAUAUUUUUUUGAACUUGGAACAUAUGAUCCUGGCCUUGACGUUUGGGGUGGUGAAAAUAUGGAGCUUUCAUUCAAGGUGUGGAUGUGUGGAGGAGAAAUUGAAAUCAUUCCCUGUUCCCGUGUGGGCCACAUCUUCAGGAAAGAUAAUCCAUACUCUUUCCCUGAAAAUCGAAUUAAAACCAUAGAGAGGAACUUGAUUCGAGUGGCUGAGGUCUGGUUAGAUGAAUACAAAGAGCUUUUCUAUGGCCACGGUUACCGUCUCUUGGACCAAAGUCUGAAUGUCGGAAACCUCACUCAACAAAGAGAACUCCGGAAAAAACUGGGGUGCAAAAGUUUCAAGUGGUACCUAGAGAAUGUCUUCCCAGACAUAGAAGCUCCCAUUGUGAGAGCCAAUGGGGUGAUAAUUAACGUAGCCUUGGGCAAAUGCAUUUCUCUUGAGAACACCACAGCUGUUCUGGAAGAGUGUGAUGUCGGUAGCAAGUCCCAACAAUUCAACUAUACUUGGUUAAAACUUAUUAAACAGGGAGACAGGUGCUUAGCUCCUGUGCCUGUUGUAAGAAACCUGAGUCUGUACCCUUGUGAUAUCCACAACAAAAAGCUGAAAUGGCUACAUAAAUUGAUGGGAGUCCUUCAUCCCGAACAGAUGGAUCACCUUAUUCUUGAACACUGGAAGCAGCUGAGGUGCUUGGAGGCAAGCCCUUCUGGAAAGACUCUAAAGGCAACUGCCUGUGAUUCCAUGAAUCCAUAUCAGAAAUGGAAAUUUGAAAAAUACUAUGUAGCCUGAAAAGGGAGAUAAUCAGAGCCAAACCAUGAUUUUCUCAUCUAGUGAGGGUCACUAGACAUUGGGACAAGGAUUUCAAAUGAUGUCACAUUAUUCAGUGAUGAUUUCAACACUAAUGGCACUUGAGAAAGAAAGUCUGAAGCUACAUCAAGGUGGUGUCAUUUAAUUUAAUGUAACUCAGGGGACUGUUUCCCAACUUUGGACUGGGGCCCUGCUUCAGCAUUUGACAACACUGAAUUUGUCUUUCUUACUCAACUGUGCUAGAACUUCAUCAUCUCCCUCCACAAACUUAUCAAGAUUUGUGCAUUAUUAGAUUUAGUCCCAGAAUUAACUGAGGAGGAAAUCCACGGUACUAUGAAAAAUCAUUUGGUAAGCAUGGUAGUACUGUGAGGGCAUUUGAUGAUAACCAAAGAUUAUUAAUAAUAGCCUGGCCUUUACUUCUGACUGCAUUCUUUAAACAAAAAUUGCUUUAUCACCUGAGUUUCUCAAGCUGAUAUGACCUCAGAUGUUUAUAUCAAUCUGAAAUGCUUUAAGGGUGGUUUUAUGUGAAAGCAAGUGGACUGGUUAGCUUUGCAUAAUCCUUUCUUAGGCCAUGAGUCUCUGAUACUAGUGGCAAAGAAGAGAUCUUCAUAUGUUUAACCAACCUCUAGCUUGAAGUGCCUUACUCCUCCUCUUUGCUUUUCAAAGUUUGCAUCAUACCUCUUUUGGCUAGUAUGGGUUUAAAAGAACUAAAGAUCUCGCAAUAAGAAUUAAAGAGAGCCAAUCUAGAAGAACCUUCCACUUCUGGGACUACAAUUCCACAUUGGGUUACAACACAUUUUAGAAGUAAGAAAUUCAGGCAUAAAAUCAAAAUAUAGUAUGGGACCAAGGUAGGCAGUGGAGAGAGACCUGAAACAAAGGAAACAAAAUAGAACUCUAAAACAAAAAGAUUAUUUUACCAAAAAUAAAGAUAAAACUUCUCCCCAAAACCUUGAAAAUGACUCCGAAAUUGGAAAUCCAAUAUGACUCACAAAUACACAGAAGGGUGAGGAGUAAUCAACUCUUUAAAAUCCAUAAUGCAUGUGGAGUAAAGGGAAUAAGAUGGAAGAGAAUGGAUUAAUCAUCACUCAGGAACCAGACAAAGAAAAAUCAUGAGUCUAUGGGUGAUAGGAGCAAAACACUUGCUCAGGAGAUUUUGAUAAUGCUAACAACAUAUGAAAUACUUAUUUUUUUUUCAAAAUUGAGCCUCUGGACUUCUCAGGUAUUCCUAUAUUUUGUAUGGAGUACAAAAAAAGUUCUACUGUACUUUUGAUACUUUUGAUUUACAGGAAUAGAAAAGUUUUUAAAUCAGGGUAAAACAUACAGAUCUUAAAAUAGACAACCCAACUGUGCCUGAAGACAGUUAAAUAGACACUGUUAAAGAGAGUAAAACUCUAUUGUAGAGCAACUCACCACAAUUAUGUAUUAAAUUAUGUCCUCUAUGGACAUAGUGGCACAUGGUACAUUUCUAACACUAUUAAACAGAAAGCUAGAAUAUUUGCAUUCUUCUUGUCCUCCCGAUAUGUGUUUCUGUGUUCUCUUUGUCCCCACAUACCUAUUCCCUCCACAUUAUGUGAUCACAGAAAAAGACUCAGAGUUCAACCUUUCUGUUUUACUGAUGAAACUGAGGUUCAGAAAUGGAACUGAACUUGCCCACUGUCAAAGAAUUAGUGGAUAGAGCCAGAUCCAGUACUCUGUAUAUACUGCCUCCCUAGGAGGAUUACAGAACAAGGUGCUACUAUACUAUACUAUAAAUUACCAUAUCAGAAUUUUUGCAAGAGUUACAUAAACUUUUAGGAGGUAUAGGGGAAACCAGGCUGCGUUUAGACUGAUGAUGCUCUGCCAUUGUUUGGAUCAGAGAUAUAACUAGGAUAGGACAAUUUGGGCUAUUUCCCAGAGCACUGAAUUUAUAGAGAAUGAACAGUGCUUGCAGUCUACUAGCAGCAUAGAAACAAGAGAUCUUUUCCCCUUAACAGCAAGAAUUGUUGAAAUAGUAAGCUACCAAGUGAAUCUGUGGUGUGCUUCUCCUGCCCUCUACCUAUCCAUCUUCUUUGCCUAUCCCUCUUGCUCACUCUUGCAGCACUUGUUCAGGGCACAAAAAUUCCUAGUUAUGGCUCUGGGUUUAGAUUUGCAUGCAUGCUGAGUUGAGAGUAAAACUAGCAUCUUUAGAUCUGACUCACUUAUUAAAAUAGCUGCAUAAAAGUGCUGAGGCAAGGAUGGACAGAGAAGUCAGCUUUCCUCAGUACUUCAUAGAACACUUUGUUCAAAUAAUCAACAUUGUAGCUGAAAUCACAGACAAGAGGUGGAAAAUAAGAAAACUCAUCUCCAAACACAAAGCCAUAUGGAGAAAGUUCAUGCCAGUCACCGAAAGAAUCUCUGAGUUACUGACCAAACUGAACACAUUGCCUGGGUGCCUCUCAUCUUUGGGCCACCUCAAGUCAACUGUGAAAUGUUUCAAGCUAUUAUUGUUGCUUCAGCCUAAAGGACUUUACUUCGUAGACAAAAGUAGACUUCUCAAGGAAAAUGCAACUUCAUUCUUAGAAGGACUUGAAUUAUGAUAAUAGAACCAACCAGCAGGAAGCCCAGCCUGAGAUGUCUGCAUAUUUUGCACAAAGGAAUUUUCUCCCAUGUAAUCAGUUUUAUUCCUGACUUUACCUUAACAUAUUUACUACAGAAAGAUAUAUUGAAGCCAAAUUAGUAUGUUGUAAGAGAUUUUUAAAUACAUCUUGUAUUUGUUCUUUCAUAUGCUUUAGAGUCUAACAAAACAUUUUUGUUCCAAUCCUGCUCAGUAGUUCUGUUAAUGAAAAACAUUUAAGUACUUACAAAAGACUUAGUACUCUGCUAAGUAUCAGGAAUAUGACUGCAAAAUCAAGACACUCCUUAUACUUAAGGAGCUUAUAUUAUUAUAGGGAAGACAGUACAUGAAGGGGAGUGGGGGCCAGGAAGAGAAUCCAUAAAGAUGGUGAGUGGAUCCACUAUAAAUUUAUUUUAACUAAUGUCAACUGGGCUCUCAUUGCAUUAAGGCAAAUGUUCUGUUUUUCCCUAAUCAAUUGGUUAUCCCACUCUCCAUAGCUGCUGCUCCAAACCUUGUGUUUCCUCAAACUUCCUAUGGUAUCAUCUCCUCCUCUUUCCUGAGGAACUCCUCUCAUAUUUCACUGAAAAAAAUUAAGGCUUUUCAUGGAGAUGUUCUUCCUUUCCCUCCUCCCUGCCUUACGUCACUCACAUAUCUUCCCCAACUAUCUCCUCCUUCAGUCUUGUUUCAGAUGAAGAGGCACUGCUCUCUGUAGUCAAGGCCACCCCCUCCACAAGCACCAUUGAUCCCAUCCCCUCCUGUCUUCUGCAACAUAUUCCUCCAACUGUGAUUCCCACCGACCCUCCCUCUCUCCUCCUUUCAACCGGUUCCUUUUUUAUUGCCUACAAAUACACUUAUGUCUCUUCUAUCCUAAAAAGGGAAAAAAAAACACCUCUUCCCUUGAUCUGACCACUCUUGCUAGCUCUUGACAAAUAUCUCUUCUCUGCUAAACUCCUGAGAAAUCCAUCUACAUAGGUGCUUCCACUUCCUAUCCUUUUAUUCUCUUUUUUUAAUACUCUGCUUUGGUUUCUGAACCUUAUUAUUUAACAAACGACUGUUAUCUCCAACAUUACUAAUGACUUCUUAAUUGUUAAAUUCAAUGGCCUUUUUUCAAUUUUCAUACUGCUUGACCUCUACAACCUUUAAUAUUGUUGAUCACCUUCUUCUCUUGAAUAUUCUUUCCCUUCUAGGUUUUUCUGACACGGCUUUCUCUUGGUUCUCCUCCUUCCUUUCUGAGUGUCCCUCAGUCUCCUUUGCUGGAUCUUUAUUCAAGUCAUACCCACAAACUCUGGAUAUCCACCAAAUUGUCCUGGGACCUCCUCUCUUUUCCCUCUAUUCUACCUUGCUUGGUGAUCUCAUGAACUGUCAAAGAUUUCAUUAUCAUGUCCUUAUAGAUGAUUCCUAGGUGAAGAUGAAUAUAUAUUCAGCUCUAGUCUGUCUCCUGAUCUCCAGUCCCACAUCACCACAUACCUUUUAGACAUCUCAAAUUCAACAUGUCCAAAACAGAACUCAUGAUUUUUGUCUUCAAAUUUCCCCCUCUUUCCAACUUUUCUAUCACUGUGGAAGAUACCAUCAUCCUUUCCUAGUCACCCAGGUUUAUCCUGACUCCUCACUCACCCUCACCCUGAAUAUAUGUUGCUAAAUCUUGUCAUUUCUGUUUUCACAUUGUCUUUCCCAUAGGUCCCCUUCUCUCUAUUCACACAAUCAACCAUCCUGGUGCUUGUUAUCACUUCUCACUUGGACUAUUGCAAUAGGCUUCUAAUUAGUCUCCCCAUCCCAUGUCUUUCCUCACUCCAAUCUAUCCACUACUCAGUUUCUAAUGGGAUUUUCCUAAAGGGUUGGUUUGAUGACGUCAACCCCUCCAACUCAGUAAAGUCUAGUGGAUCUCUUUGACCUCCAGAUUCAAACAUAGUUCUCCAUUUGGCUUUUAAAGUUCUUCACAACCUGCCCCCUUCCUACCUUUCAACUUUACUCUUCUCCACAGCACACUAUAAUCCAGCCAUUCUUGCCUGCUUGCUGCAUAAAAUGCUCCAUUUCCUAUCUCUGUCCUUUGAAUGGAUUUUCUUCCACAUCCGGGAUACUCUUCCUCCUUACCUCCACCUCCUACUUUCCCUGGCUUCUCUCAAGACUGAACUUAAAUUCUACCUUUUAUGCAAGGCCUGGGUUCUCCCAGCUACUAGUGCCAUCUUUAAGAUUACUUUUCUAUCUACUCUGAAUAUAUAUAGCCUCUAUGCAUCUAGUUAUUUGUAUGUUUGCUUCCUCCAUUAGAAUGUCUGUUCUGGAGCAGCUAGAUGGCUCAG